UACUUGUUCCCUUUUCUCUCUCUCUCUCUCUCUCUCUCUCUCUCUCUCUCUCUCUCUCUCUCUUCCAAAAAUCUCUCCUCUAUCCCCGCAAGACCCAAAAACAAAAAAAAACCUCACUCAUUCUUCGAUUCAUCACACUCGACUAAUGUCGCCGUCGUCAGAACAUAACGGCUCCUUCCUCGGCAUACUCAGCUUCCGCCGCUACCAGAUCGUCUCAAUGGACGUCCAACAAGAGCAACAGCUCCAAGAACUCGAGUAUUUCCAGAACCACGUCUCCGAGCGUUUCUCAGAGUUCAUCUCUCCAUCUCCGCCGCCCUCUGAUCCGCUCCUCUCGAUCCCUUGGCUACGGAGCCUCCUCCACGUCUUCACGUCCUGCGAAACCGAGUUCAAAGAAGUCCUCCUCACCACCGCUCAGAUCUCGAGAACGCCGUCGCUGGAGAAGGUUUUAACGGAAACGCUCGAUCGGAUCGUAAAGGCGCUUGAUAUCUGUAACGCCGUCGUUAACGGCAUCGAGUCCGUUAAACAGAGCCGACGUCUCGCGGAGAUAGCCGUAACGGCGCUUAAACAGCGGCCGUUAUGUAGCGGAAGCGUUCGUAGAGCUAGACGCGCGUUGACGAGCCUCCUCACCGGCGGCUCGAACGCCGAUGCGAAAGAUAAGAGCAGUAGUAGACGGAGGACGACGUCGCGGUCGUGGUCGUUCGGACAGCGCGGCAACGUCAACGUCAGCAAGAAUUGGUCUGCAGGCAAGCAGAUUCAGGCGAUGGCGGCCAACCUUGUGCUGCCACGUGGAGCAGAAGCUUCCGGACAUGCGAUGAUGCCGGUUUACAUAAUGAACAGCGUCAUGGUUUUGGUGAUGUGGGUGCUCGUUGCUGCGGUUCCUUGCCAGACAAGUAGUGUUCCCGUGGCGCCGUUGCAGCUUCCUAAGCAUCAGAGCUGGGCUAGCGCCGCUUUGAAUGUUCAGGAGAGGGUUGGGGAAGAGGUGAAACGGAAGGAGAAGCGUUUUGGUGGGUUGAUGGAGGAGAUGCAGAGGAUGGAGAGUAUUGGGUUGUCUUUGGUGGAGUUCACGGAGAGGUUUAGGUUUCCGGCGGAGGAAGAGGACGAGGGAGAGGUUGAGGAGAAGGUUGAUGAGAUGGAUGAGAUUUGUCGGAGAAUGGAAGUGGGGUUGGAGGAUUUGCAGAGACAAGUGAGGGCAGUGUUCCAGAGAUUGGUGAGAAUCAGACUUGAGAUUGUUUCUGUGCUUGAUCAAGCUCCUGCAAUCUAAAUCUGUAAAUCUCCAAUAACAACUUGAUCAAUUUCUCUUUCUUUUUUCUUUUCUAGAUAACACUAAUCUUGAUGUGUAUAACCUACAAUUUGUAUACCAUGUUUGGUUUCUGGUAUAUGCAAACUACAAAACUCUAUUGACCGAGAUGAUAGGUUCAUGGUGGUUUAUAGAAUAUUUUCUUGUGGGCUUC